GAUGUCUUGGAUGAUGCAACUGUCAACGUCCUCACGCGGGGCAGUCUUGUUGAUGUCACUGCCUACGUGGAGGACGUCUUGGAAGAUGCAACUGUCAACGUCCUCACAAAGCGAGAUGGUUCCUUGGUCAAUGUGGUCGCUGAUGUCCAAGACGAUUUGGAUAAUCUUACAGUCAAUGUUCUUACCAAGCGGGUGGCCUUGUCGACGUUACAGCGGGCAAUUGUUGAGGACGUUCUCAAUAAUCUUGAUGUCAUGUUCUUACCAAGCGGGAUGAUGGCCUGGUCGAUGUUACAGCCUAUGUCGAGGAUGUUCUCAACAACCUUGACGUCAACGUUCUUACCAGGAGGGACGAUGGCCUGGUCGACGUUACAGCCUGCAAGUACCACUCAUCUGAUUUUUGGCUAUCUUUAACAC